UUUAGCCCUCGGUUCUCGAGUCUUCCAGACUCGCGCUCGCUGCUCGCUGCUCGCUGCUCGCCUUCGCUUCCGACUUCUCCACUCGCGUCGCACGCAGGGGUCGCCUGAGGUAUAUCAAUCACCCUAAACCCCCAGAUCCUAGGUUUCUACUAGUCGCUUCUCAUCGUUUAUCACAUAGACAAUGGUGAAGGCUGUCGCUGUCCUCGCUGGCAGUGAUGUCAAGGGUACCAUUUUCUUUUCUCAAGAGGGAGAUGGUCCAACCACCGUGACCGGAAGUAUCUCUGGGCUCAAGCCGGGGCUCCAUGGGUUCCAUGUGCAUGCGCUUGGUGACACCACCAAUGGCUGCAUGUCCACUGGGCCACACUUCAAUCCUGCUGCUAAGGAGCAUGGUGCACCAGAAGAUGAGAAUCGCCAUGCCGGUGAUCUUGGGAAUGUGACAGCUGGAGAAGAUGGUGUUGCUAAUGUCAAUAUUACUGACUGCCAGAUUCCCCUCACUGGGCCACACUCAAUCAUUGGCCGAGCUGUAGUUGUCCAUGCCGAUCCAGAUGACCUUGGCAAGGGUGGACAUGAGCUUAGCAAGAGCACGGGAAAUGCUGGUGGCCGUGUUGCUUGUGGUAUCAUUGGGCUCCAGGGCUAGAUGCUGUGGCUUCAUUGGUGAACAUUCACAUCUGAGCACCUCCGGUCUUGCUGCUUCAUUUCCCUUAUAUUGGAUACAUAAUUGGCUACUCUUAAUAAUCGCCUGAUCAAUAGUCAGAGCGCUAUUCCUAUCAUUCCGUGUAUGAACAUUGCACAACCAUCAUUUUUCUUUAGUGCGAUGCGAAGUGGCUGUUUUGGCAAAUGUUCUGUGGGUUUUCUACGAGUUCUCUGAUGUACCAUAA